UCACCCUCCCGGACUCUGGACGCCUCUGUGCUGAGACUGCUUGUAUUUUCCUGAAAGGCUUUUCGUUCUGAGGGGGAUCUGACCUACAGCUACUGCACUCCCCUGCUCUGAGGGGACCUGACCUCCACUCCCCUGCUCUGAGGAGGACCUGACCUCCACUCCCCUGCUCUGAGGAGGACCUGACCUCCACUCCCCUGCUCUGAGGGGACCUGACCUCCACUCCCCUGCUCUGAGGAGGACCUGACCUCCACUCCCCUGCUCUGAGGGGACCUGACCUCCACUCCCCUGCUCUGAGGGGACCUGACCUCCACUCCCCUGCUCUGAGGAGGACCUGACCUCCACUCCCCUGCUCUGAGGAGGACCUGACCUCCACUCCCCUGCUCUGAGGGGACCUGACCUCCACUCCCCUGCUCUGAGGAGGACCUGACCUCCACUCCCCUGCUCUGAGGGGGACCUGACCUCCACUCCCCUGCUCUGAGGGGGACCCCUCAACCCCCUGCUCCGCUGCUGACAUGGGGAAGGGCCUAUGGAUCGUCUGCUUCUGUCUGUGCUUCUCCCCGGCUGCCGCGCGAAUCUGGGCCUGGAUGCUCAAUAUGCCCUACAGCCCCCCGGAGGAGCGCCCGGCUCCCCACGGGGCCGCCGCCGCCGCCUCAGCCCCCACCGCGCAGUGUGACCAGGACCGGGCGUGUGGGCGGGGCCGAGCCUGCGACCGCCACUUCGGCCUGUGCGUCCCGCUGCGAGCGGAGGGCCACUACUGUCGCCGUGAUGCCCAGUGCGUCCGUGGCCUCAGCUGCAUGUUCGGGAAAUGCCACCGCAGCGUGCCCACGGGGCAGGAGGGCGCCCGCUGCCAGGUGGACCGGGACUGCGGGCCGGCCAUGUGCUGCGCCCGGCACCACGGAGAGAAGGUCUGCAAAAGGCGCCUGGUGGGCGGCGAGAGCUGCUACGUCCCCGUCGGCGGCCUGGCCUUCAGCAUCAACCAGAUAUGCCCCUGCGACGAAGGCCUGCUAUGUCGGGGAAACGCCCCCCGGUGGAAAGAGAGAGACUUUAUCCUCCAGCCUGAAGCCCCCAGCUGGACCUGCCAGGAACCCAAACCCUGA